AUGGCGUCGUCCGACCUCGAGGCUGCCACUGCGCUUAAGGUGCAGGGCAAUAAAGCGUUCGGUCAACAUGAGUGGCCUACUGCCGUGGAUUUCUACACCCAGGCCAUAGCGAAAUAUGAUCGCGAGCCGUCGUUCUUCAGCAAUCGCGCUCAGGCGCAUAUUAAACUCGAAGCUUAUGGCUUCGCGAUUGCCGACGCCACCAAGGCCCUUGAGCUCGACCCCGCCUACACCAAGGCCUACUGGAGGCGAGCCCUAGCCAACACCGCCAUCCUCAACUACAAAGAUGCCCUUAGAGACUUCAAAGUCGUUGCAAAGAGAGAGCCCAAUAACCGCGAUGCGAAGGUAAAACUGGCAGACUGCGAGAAGCUUGUGCGCCGGAUGGAAUUUGAGAAGGCCAUUGAAGUGGGUGACCCGCCGUCAGCCUUCGAGGACUUAGAUAUCGACGCCAUAGCAGUUGACGACAGCUAUGAUGGUGUGCGAUUGGAGAAGGAAAUGACGCAAGAGUUCAUCGAUGAUAUGAUCGAGCGGUUCAAGAACGGCAAGAAAAUUCAUCGCAAGUAUGCCUUCCAGAUCGUCAAGGCUGUCAAGGACAUCGUGUAUGCGGAACCAACCAUGGUCGAGAUUGGUGUGGACCAGGGUACUAAGUUGACAGUCUGCGGUGACACGCAUGGACAAUUCUUCGAUCUGCUGGAGAUCUUCCGGUUGAACGGAUACCCGAGCGAAAAGCACGCAUACCUUUUCAACGGCGACUUCGUGGAUCGCGGCUCUUGGUCUACUGAGAUUGCCUUGCUUCUCUAUGCAUACAAGUGGCUGCGACCGAAUGGCAUCUUCCUCAACCGUGGAAACCACGAGACGGACGAUAUGAACAAGGUUUAUGGAUUCGAGGGCGAGUGCAAGGCGAAGUACAACGAGAGGAUGUUCAAGGUGUUCUCGGAGUCCUUCUCUGCUCUGCCCUUGGCUACAUUAAUCGGCAACAAGUAUCUUGUUCUCCACGGUGGUCUCUUCUCUGACGACAACACAUCCCUGGAUGACAUCCGGAAACUGGACCGCCACAACCAGCGCCAGCCCGGGCAGCAAGGUCUGAUGAUGGAGAUGCUCUGGACUGAUCCCCAGACGGAGCCCGGUCGCGGACCCAGCAAGCGAGGAGUUGGUCUCCAGUUUGGUCCGGAUGUUACCAAGAGAUUCUGCGAGAAGAAUGGACUGGAAGCCAUCAUUCGCUCUCACGAAGUCCGUAUGGAGGGUUACGAAGUCGAGCAUGAUGGAAGGUGCAUCACCGUCUUCUCUGCUCCCAAGUACUGCGACACCACCGAGAACAAGGGAGCCUUCAUCAACGUUGGGCCAGAGCUUAAGCUGGACUUCCAAGUUUUUGAAGCUGUGCCUCACCCUGAUAUCAAGCCUAUGGCUUAUGCACAAAACUCGAUCAUGUCCAUGAUGUGA